AUGGCUGAUGGUUGGAGUGAUCAAAGGCAAAGAACAUUGAUAAAUUUCUUAGUUUAUUGUCCUGCCGGGAUAUCCUUUGUGAAAUCUGUUGAUGCUUCAAAUUUUGUGAAAGAUGCUCCAACACUUUUGGCUUUAUUUUCUGAAGUAAUUGAUUGGGUUGGACCUAGCAAUGUUGUGCAUUUGGUUACUGAUAAUGCAGCCAAUUAUGCAUCUGCAGGGAGGCUGGUUCAUGAAAAGUACAGCAACAUUUAUUGGUCACCUUGCGCCGCACAUUGCUUGAAUCUUAUUUUGAAGGACAUUAGUAGCAUGGAACAUGUUGCUAAAUUGGCUUCUAAUGCUUCCAAGGUAACCGUAUUUGUAUAUAAUCAUAUUAUAUUUUUGGCAUGGUUAAGGAGAAGAUCAAGUUGGAAAGAGAUUGUACGUCCAGCAGUAACUAGAUUUGCCACCACCUUUAUCACAUUGCAGAACCUUCAUGAACACAAAAAUGACUUGCAAGCUUUGAUGACGAAUAGAGUUUACACGGACCAUAAGCUUUCAAGAAGUGACAAGGGAAAAGUAGUAAGUUCACUCAUUUUAAAUAAUAAAUUUUGGGAUGAUUGUUUGAUUAUGGUCAAAAUUGCUGGUCCACUUAUUAGACUAUUACGUCUAGUAGAUUCUGAUGAAAAGCCUUCAUUGGGAUAUGUUUAUGAAGGCAUGCGUAGAGCACGCAAGGCAAUCAAGCACAUGUUUAAGAAAAAAAAAAGUCUGUAUGCACCUUAUAUAAAAAUUCUUGAUGAGAGAUGGGAUAAACACUUGCGGAAGAAACUUCAUGUAGCUGCCUAUUUUUUAAAUCCCGCUUUCAUAUAUGAACCAAAUUUUUGUAAUAAAGUGGAGGUUAUGAGUGGACUUCUUGAUAUACUUGAUUCAAAGGGCGUGUGCUCUGACGGAAAGGAAGCAAUAAAAGAGAUAAAAUUGUAUCGAGACCGUUUGGGAAGUUUUAGUCGACAAAUUACUCUUACUACAUCAAAGACAUUACAGCCAGAUGAAUGGUGGAAGUUGUAUGGUCAUAGUGCUCCGAUCUUACAAAAAAUAGCCAUUCGACUUCUCAGUCAAACAUCAUCUUCAUCUGGAUGUGAAAGAAAUUGGAGUUUAUUUGAUCAAAAAGAUCCGCCAAUAGAAUUUGACUUGAACGAAUUGGCCGAAACUCUUUACGAGCAGGAUGUUGUUCUAUCACUAGAACAAAUUAAAAACCAAUCACAUUCUAAAGAUAAUGGAAGACAGGAUGAUAUAUACGACCUUACUGUAGAGAAUGUCGAAUUCAGUCUUCUUGAGUCUUUUGGUACUAUUGGUGAAAGCAAUGGUUCUGUAGCUGAAAAUAAUGAAAGUGCUGGAAUAUUUUUUGGAGGCAUGGAUGAUGGUGGUACAAAUAAUGACUUUGAUUAUAAUUCUUCUUUUAAUUUGAGAGAUGAAGAUGAUGAUACACAGCAGCCUUGA